GUUGUAAAUAUGCAUGGGAUCUUUGCUAAUUGUGUCCUGGCAGCACUGCUGCUGCCUGGAGCCCUGGCAGACCACCACCAGCACCACCACAACCAUGGCUCUGGAAACAGCCAUGAGGGCGAGAUGAGCUGCCACAAGCUGUCCCGUCCCAAUGCUGACUUUGCUUUUGCCCUGUACAGAAACCUGAAUGCCAAGACUGAUGCUGGAAAGAACAUCUUUUACUCACCACUGGGCAUCUCCACUGCCCUGUCUAUGGUGUCUACAGGGGCUGGUGGCGACACCCACAGCCAGCUGUUCUCCACUUUGGGCUACGGCGCCUUAAACCAGAGUCAAGUCAAUGAAGGCUAUGAGAAUCUUUUCCACAUGCUUGGCCACAGCCAGGAGAACCAGAAACUGCAUGUUGGUAACGCUGUUGCAUUGUGCGCUGGUUUCAAUCCUUUGGAGAGUUUCUUGAAAGAAAUCAAACAUUACUACUCUGGCGAUAUCUUCAAUGUUGACUUAGCCAAACCUGCUGAGGCUAUAGCCGAGAUCAAUGCGUACAUUAGUAAUAAAACCCAUGACAGAAUCAAAGAUAUGGUGAAGGACUUGGACCAGAGCAUGGUUAUGAUGCUCAUUAACUACGUCUACUUUAAAGGAGAAUGGGAGAAGCCCUUCAACAAAGACGUAACACACAAGGCAGACUUCCACGUGGAUGACACCACCAAAGUUCAGGUGGACAUGAUGACAAGAACAGGAGACUACAACAUCUACCAUGAUGCUGACAACCACACUACCAUCAUCAUGUUGCCAUACAAAGGAACCACCUCCAUGAUGAUUGUGCUGCCUGAUGAAGGCAAGAUGAAGGAGGUGGAGGGAUUCAUCAGCAAGGAACACCUCAGGCACUGGCGAAACUCAGUCUCUGAGGAGUAUAUUGAAUUGUAUUUGCCAAAAUUUUCCAUCUCUGUUGAUGCCUCCCUGCAAGACACAUUGAAGGAAUUGGGCAUAACCAAAGCUUUUGAGGACAAUGCUGAUUUCUCUGGGAUAUCGGAUGAGACCAAGAUCAAUGUCUCAAAGGUUUCCCACAGGACUUCGCUGAGUGUCACUGAGAUGGGAACAGAGGCAGCAGCUGUCAGCAUCGUUGAGAUAAUCUGGGAGAUGUUGCCGCCAUCAGUCAGAAUUGACCGGCCCUUCUUGGUUUUUAUCACAGAGAGGUCCACUAGGAGCAUCCUCUUCAUGGGCAAGAUCAGUAACCCUACACUCAUGUAAACGUAUACACUAGCGAAAUGAGAAUCGCGAUCAACAGUGUCGCUAUGACAAUCCUAUACUGAUGCUGUAGUACUUGUGUAUUUACUUGUAUCUUUGCAGGACUGUCUCCAAAAAUACUAUUAAAGAACACUUUCUAUGAAA